AUGUUCAUGAUCAUUCCAACAUUCAGAAAACAACGAACAGAGUGUAUUGGUACGGAAGGCACCUCAACAGUAUACGCAGCUGAGGACAUACGAACCAAGAAACUAGUUAUUUUCUCAGAUAGCCAAGCCGCGCUUAAAACUCUCAUGAACCUGCGUAUGGUCUCUGGUCAAACAUACAUUCAGGGCUGUGUUGAUUCACUAAGGAAGUGUACGGAUGAGAAUAUUGAUGUAACACUGAGAUGGAUUCCAGGCCAUGAGGGCGUUCCUAGAAAUAAAGCUGCAGACAGGGCUGCAAAACGUACGGCUCUAAUAGGUGCACGAAGGCAAAUCGUACCUGGAGAUCUAUCAAGUGAAGAAUAG